AUGAGGAUCGCGGUCCAAGGGUGUUCGCACGGCAGUCUAACAGCGAUAUACGAUACCGUUCAACAAUAUACCUUGCACACUUCGAAGCCUGUCGACCUCCUGCUGCUAUGUGGGGAUUUUCAGGCAUUGAGAUCAACGAGCGAUUUCGCUUCUUUGGCUGUUCCAGCAAAAUAUCAUUCCUUGGGGACGUUCCAUGAAUACUAUUCUGGACUGAGAAAGGCACCAGUCUUGACGAUAGUGAUAGGAGGGAAUCAUGAAGCUUCGAACUACAUGUGGGAGCUAUAUCAUGGGGGAUGGUUGGCUGAAAAUAUCUAUUAUAUGGGUGCUGGGGGGAGUGUGUACGUUGAUGGUCUGAGGAUAGUCGGUGCUAGUGGUAUUUACAAGGAUCACGAUUAUAGGAAAGGUCAUUUUGAAAAAGUACCAUAUAACAAUUCGACAUUGAGAAGUGUAUAUCAUAUAAGGGAAUACGAUGUUAUGAAGCUAAUGCAGCUGUCAUAUUGUGACGACUCUAUAUUCUUGUCUCACGAUUGGCCAAUAUCAAUAGCCAGACAUGGUGAUACCGGUGCUCUACUACGGCGAAAACCAUUUUUCAGAGAUGAGAUCAAUAAGAAUACCCUCGGUUCACCACCCCUUUUCACCCUUCUGAACCAUAUCCAACCAUCGUACUGGUUCUCAGCUCACCUCCACGUAAAGUUUGCAGCAUUAUAUGACCACUCUUCAUCGACCACUCAGCAGAUAGACAAGCUGGAAGAAUCAUUACCGUCUAUACCGUCGAAUGGUGAAAUGCAUGUAGAGAAGAACCCAGAUGAGAUUGCUAUAGAGGAUGAUGAUGGAUUCGACUUACCACCGACGAAUGACAAUGGUACGACAUCAGGCAAUCCAGAUGAAAUCACGAUCGAAGAUGAUGAAUUUGAUGAUCCGCCUAUCACCACUACGACGGAUGCAGCUGAACCUCCAGCAAUAACAACGGAAUCAUCGACAACUCAGAAAGAUCUCAAAAUAGAUGAAAGUGUAGAUAUAGUUGAGAAAGCUACAGAAGAAGGUAUACAAGACGGUAUAACGGAACUUAUCGGUGCGCCAAUUAACAAAGUUGAAGAAGCUGUCAAUUCGGUAGACGAAGCGAAACUGGAGAAAGCAGAAGAACAAGGGAGAAGAACGAAAUUCUUGGCUUUAGAUAAAUGUGGACCUGGCAAAGAUUUUAUACAGUUCUUUGAAAUUCCCACACCUUCCUCAUCGACCCCCGAUCACCCACCUCGCCUAACAUUCGAUCCUGAAUGGCUAGCCAUAUCCCGCUCAUUCCAUCCAUACCUAUCCACCACAAUUCAACAAACACCUUUACCCUCCCCGGAAAUACUAAAACAGCUCGUAUCGGAUGAACGUCAGCGUAUAGAAGAAGAAGGGUUGUUGGUUCCUUCGCAGAAUGUAAAUGAAGAUGGGACGGUUGAUCUGGUUUGGACAAAAGGUCCAAUAGAAAUUGAGAGGGUACAGAAGUUCUGGCCUACAGCUCCAUCGCAGAGUCAACUUCCCCCUGGACCUGGAGGAAACCUAGGGGCAGACCAAUGGUAUACUAAUCCACAGACUGAGGCGUUCUGUGGACUGUUGGGUUUGCAGAAUAAAGUGAAUCCUGCUCCAAUAUGA